UGCUGGGUGUGUGUCCCAGACACUGUUCCUCUCCUGCUCACUAUAGGGAGUUUGCUUCUUUCUCCUAACAAGUGGGUGGGGUGCAGGGGUGAACCUUUUCUGGAAUUUUGCCAUAACAGUCGCUUGUGAGCAGGAAAGGAGCGAGGAGUUGGCUUCUGAGUGUCUGAAAAGUCUUUAGUUUGCCCGACUCCUGCAGUUGCCUCAAUUAUACAGAAACAGAGCGCAGGAUAUUUCUCUCUGGGAUCUCUAAUGCCCUUAAGGAUUAUGCUUAUCUACACCACUGGACCCUGGCAUGAACCCUUAGGAUUAUAUUAAGGGCAUUAUUCUUCCUUUCCUGACCCCUCUUCCCUCAGAAAUCCACAAAUCGUUUCAUUGCGAUCCUCCUCCACCCCCCUAGCCUGUCGCACAGUCUGUCAGAGCCCUAACGUUUCCUCUCCCUUCUCUGUGCUGGUGAAGGGGCUUUUCCAUCUGCCUGACGAACAGACCAGAGGGCUCCGGGACCAUCUGUAAGGGAAGGCUUUGGGAAAAGGCAGAGCUGCAUCUCCUUGCAACAUUCAAGGGAAUCUUUCCUGUUCCUGUUUGCCGGACCCCACAGGAUAAAAACCAUGAUCUUGGGUAGAAGAAGUCUGCUGUGAGGGAGCUCAUAAGCAAAUUCACUGCAAUAAUACCAAGGCCUCCACUUUAAAGAAAACAUGUACUGGACAGAAUUAACUGGGAGCAUUAAUCGAGGAGGGGGGAUGCCAGCAUUGCUUCGUCCACCAGCCGCCAUGGUACAACGUCAUCUGGAUAUCAAACCCUUCCUCUCCUUUCCUUUGGAGCCACAGCCGGCAAUGGGACUUUUCCCAGGCUUCAGCACGAUGGACCCAGUGCAGAAGGCCGUUAUAAGCCCGAGUUUUGGGGUACCAAUUAUCAAGACGAAGAGACCAGUGAUUUCCUGUAAUGUGUGCCAGAUCCGCUUUAAUUCUGAGAGCCAAGCAGAGGCACACUACAAAGGCAAUCGACAUGCUCGCAGGGUGAAAGGGAUUGAGAAUGCAAAGACUAGACAGAAAGAAGGUGGCCAAGAUAGUGACAGAACCACCCCUAUGAUCAGUCCAACUCCCAGCGCCAGUGAGAGCGACUCUGACAGCAAAGACCAACAGGUUGCAGAUGGAGUGGAUUUGCCAACUGCUGACAGCCCUGAAGCCAUAGCAACAAUGCUCAUCCAUGAGAAUAUCACCCCAACAGCACCUUCCUUCUCAUCAUCUGAAGCCAACAGAAGCGAUACGAAGUCCCUUUCAUCAUCGACUUCUGCUAGCAAUGAAACAAGCACAUCUACAUCCGAAAACGAUGACGACAGAGCCAAAAAGCUUCUGUACUGUGCCCUCUGCAAGGUGUCUGUGAACUCCCUGUCACAACUGGAAGCCCAUAACAAAGGUACAAAGCACAAGACUAUUUUGGAGGCUCGAAGUGGCCUGGGUCCAAUCAAAGCCUAUCCUCGACUGGGAGGCUUGAGCACUGCAUCCAAUGGCCCUUCGGAUUCUUCCAACCAAGAAAGAACAUUUCACUGUGAGAUCUGUAAUGUACGGGUCACGUCUGAAGCCCAACUCAAGCAGCACAUCUCGAGUCGCAGACAUCGUGAUGGUGUGUCCGGCAAACCCAACCCAUUACUGAGCCGACAUAAGAAACAACAAAGUCUGCAAGAGCUUACGGCCGGCUUGGUAUUUCCGAAGGACUUUUCCAAAUCCAUAUCUGCAGGGCUUCUACCCAAUCCUUUGGCGGUUGCCAUGGCAGCUGCUGCUGUUUCCUCUCCACUAACUUUACGACCAGCCCCAACUCCUCCUCUGCUUCAGGCUCCACCUCUCACUCACCAUCUACUCCGACCAGCUCCUGGGCCCAUCAGAACUGCACAUGGAACUAUCCUCUUCUCCCCUUAUUAAGGAGGCACCUAUACCUUCAAACCACCUAUCCACUGGAACCCAAACCUGCACACUGAACUAGGGCAGGACUUGGUUAGUGGCCCCAAGCUUAGCCUCAACCUUUCCCUAGAGUUAUAUAGUAACUGGAACACCUUUCCAAUGCAUGGAUACUGCUCUUCCCAGGACACAUGCAACACUGCGGCAGGAAGGGGACUGGGCAUAUCAAGCAAUAGGCUGGGGAAAAUGAGCCUAUCAUACGUGAGAUUCAUUGCUUUUUGGAUCAAUCCUACACUAGAUUAAUAAUAUACAGCUACUAUUAGAUUCGAAUAAAUGGCUCAGGGUAUGGGUAUAUGUACAUAAGCCUUGAACUGAGGUGACUCUGUGUGCCACCGAUAUAUGGAGCCUGGGAGUUGUGCAUAUAAGUGAGCUGCUUUUGUGCCCUUUUGUUCAGUUGUCCAGUGAAUGAAAGAAAAGCCCAUAAUCGUUGGCAAAGAAAGCAAUAGAGAGACUAAGCUAAAAGAAUCAACAAAUAUAGCAAUAAUGCUAACAAUUUGGAAUUUCUUCCUCUUUCAUCAAAGAGUUAAAUUAACUAUACACUGCAGUUCCUCCAUUCAGCCAUGCCCUUAGUUGAAAUCUUGUAUUAAUACAGCCAUGCCUCACUUUCACCUAAACUUCAGAGAUGGUGAUGGUAAUGGUGUCCCACCAUUAAUUUUCUGAUUUCAGCUGCCUUGUAAAGGUAAAAUUAGGGCUGUGGCUUACCAUCGGCAAGAAGAAAAAUUACUCUUAUUCCUUUAUCCUAAUAAAACGAAUGUGAGUAACUUGCUCCAAAAGCAAUAUAAAAAAAACCUUAGAGCGGUACUUCAGAGAUGGCAAUAGUGGGCACAUUGUAGUCUUCUAUCUUUCCGGACAUUAUUGCUAGAGAUGCGUUUCGCCCCUUUUGGGGUGUUAUAAACUAUACAAAUAAGACACAGGCUGUAGUUACUAAUUUCUCAUCAGGCAGAAACAAAAUAGAGACUUAUCGCAGUGAAAAGGACAGAGAAAGCUUGGGAACCCACUAUAAAAAGGUCUUUGUUGUUGGUUUGCAUCUUAUUGAAGAUGAGCCUGUUUGGACAAGAAGUACAGUGUAACAUCCAAGAAACCUGGCACCUCUUCUUUCUACAUUCUAGCAAUACAAAAACUGGCAUCAUGUGCUACCCACAAUUGUUGGUUUGCCCUUCCAGCAGGACUGAUACUGCCUUAAUCUGCGGCAGACAUCACUGGCAAUUGAGCUCACACUUAUGCAUAACAAGGGCCCGCAGAGCAUAUUGUAACCCUGCUCUGCCCAGCAUGUCUGUACAGUGCAGCACAUGAACCUUGUUGGAAGCUCCUCACUUGCACAGAUGGUUUGACUAUGGGAGAAUAAGGCCUGUGUACUCUGACAAUCGGUUUAUUUAUUUAGUAGACAAUUUUUUUUUUCCUUUAUAAAGACUAUGCAAGCGUUACUGUGAUGCAUAUACAUAUGUUAGUUUCCAUUUACAGACAGGCUUCUAUGACACAGCGGCUCUCUUGCCACCCAUUGGUUCAUUAUGUGUAUGUUAAUGUUUGUUUAUGGCAGGGAAUGACAACCUCUGGCUCUCCAACUCUUGCAUAGAGGAUGCUGGCAACAGUUGGAGAGGCGCAGGUAGAUGGUCCCUGAUUUAUGCAAUAAGAGUGUUUAGACUCUGAACAUAACACUAAUGACAGAAAAUUCAAAUAUCACAUAUUCUGCAUUUCCUGGCUGCUAUAUUAACCUUUUAAUGACAUUGUUUAAAAAAAAAAUAGAACCCUAUGGCAUUUAUGGUUACGAUUUUAUAAAAGAAAGCAGGUCACCAUACUAACGCAUCAAGGAAGGAUCAAGGACUCUAUAGUAGCAGGUGCAAUCUCACUAAUGUCUAGAAAGCAAUAAAACACAAUAAUACAUUGCCUCCACUGGAAUUCGGUGGAAGUGUAGAGUUAAUUUGUGCUAUGAAAUGCAGUCCCCAAAUCAUCCAAUGAGCACUUAGCUUUACUUGCUAGGCUAACAUAAGCAUGGGGCUGCUGGGAGUUUCUUCUCCUUUUUACCUACAGAUGGAGCACAACUUAUUUAGACUUCUGGUGCACUCUGACACCAUGGAAAUGAAAGGGCAAGCCUAAUGAGAAAACAUUAUGUGCUCCUUCUAUAGGAAAAAAAAAAUAGAUAUAGGUAUAAUGGGAGCGUUAUGAGUGGUUCUGGGAAUCUGAAGUGGAUAAAAAAACAAGUAUAUCCAUGAGAAUAUUCAGAAUGUAGCAACCUGGCUGCUAGAACAGCACUGUGUGACAUUUGGCCCCCUAGAUGUUGUUUAGCUACAGCUUCAAGGAUCUCCCAAAAGGCUUUGGCUCUCAGUGAGGUGCUGGAAGUUGUAGUUCAAACAACAUCUGCCAAUGGCCUAGAUUGUCCAUAAUAAAGAAAUGGAGAAAAAUGGUACAAAUGGUUUCUUCGCACAUUUUGCUCAUGUGUUUUUUUUGUAUUCUUAUUUUAUCCUUUUUGCCUGUAUGUGGCUGGUAAAGCCAAUAAGAUCUGGCCAUGUGUUUUUUCACCUUACUGAACACUGUUUGUAUCAAGGAGCUCAGGAGGCUGCUGUGUGGGGCAAAGAGCAGAUGGCGCUGCUGGCUUGAAAAUAGUCUUAAUGUUGAGGACCAAUGUGAGAAUGUUGAACGUGCUCUGCCUAACCAGGGUUAAAUUAUACCUGCCAGUAUGGGCCUUGAAAUGUUUUUGCUUCCUCAUCGGGUGUUUGGGGUCCAGGGCAAAUGCUGGAGCUGAAUAGCUGGAAGAUUACUUGCCAGUUCAUCAUGCCCACACACAAGAGCGCUUUUCCCUUAGCCGCAGAGAUGGAAAAACCUUGUCUUACUCAGAGACACAAAAACUUUUAUAAGCUGAAACUGCAAUAAGCUUUAAGUGCCAGUGCUGGCACAAUAAGGCACUCAGGAGCUGAACUACUUCAGGUAAUAAGUCAUGUUUCAAGGAAAAGUUUGCUAGCUGCGAGGAACAUGAAUGGAACAACCAAGGGCGGGUAAGAUUUCUAUGGGCAACUUGGCAUGAGAGAGGAAAGCUGGGUGCCAAUGUGCUAGUCACAUUCAUUUAGUACAAGUUGUUGGACUUACAUCUUACUCUCAAUAUUCAUCUAAUGUAAGUUAUCAUGUGAGUAGAAGUCAAGGUAUCUGCUGUAACAUCUGACUACAACUGAGAGAUGUAUAACGGGACCACAGGAUGGGAUUCUCUAUGCAGUCUGCCUCCUACAAUCGCCUCCUCCUCAGCUUGCACUACAAGGCACAUGGAAACAGCUGGAACUGCAUAUACAGUCCAACAUAAGAAUAUUGUGACAACAUCUGGCACUUGUUAGUAGAGCGUGUGAUUUCAGGGUAUACUCCCAAUCUAACUGUCCCAUGCCAGUUCAACCCUUAGUACAUCUUGCCUUACUAAUAACAAAGGACGUAACAUGGAUUGUGUUCCAUCUGCACCCAUUCACCAUGGCUACUGUUUGGUACCACACUGCAGGCUCCUGGAGUCCAGACAUCUUAAUGUCAAACCUAAAUAAAACGUCUUCCUUUUG